AUGUCACAAGAAGAUAUAAUAACACAGGUGAGGCCAGACUCACCUCCCCAACUAGCAACUGCCAACUCCAACACCAACAACACCAACAACAAUUCCAGCAAUUCCAACGAAGAUGUAGACUUCAACUCACUUAUCCAUUUAAACCUCAGGGGAACCGAAUUCACCAUCACUAGAGAUGAAUUGAUGAGUUUACCCGAAAGCAUCUUGCUUUGUCUUUUCCCCAAUGGUGUUUUUCUUGAUGUUAACGGACAAAUUAUAAGUAACUUGACUGAGGAAGAUGUUGUUUAUGUCAAUUUCGACCCUGAGUGUUUCCAAUAUAUCAUUGAAGUGUUUCGCAAAGCGCAAAGGGAUCUAGUGGCCAUGUCGACUCCACUGGGUUUGCAAUUGAGUCCUCAAGUUAGUGGGCCCGGUACUGGUGCUGGCUCUGGUGCAAGAGCCCAUCAACAACGUCAACAAGAAAAUAUCCUUCAAACGAAUCCAGCCAUAAUUGUAUUGAGGGAGGAUUUGGAUUUCUAUGUGAUUCCCCCCAUUGCCGGUUUGAAUAGGGAGGAGAUGAGGCAAUUGAAGAAGGGGGUGAGUGUUGAAUUGCUCAAGAACAAAUUGAUCUUUUCAGGAUUGGGUUACAAGUUCAAUGGCGAUGAUCCGAUAUUACUUGGUGAAGAUGGCAAUGUUGUGCAAGAUGCCAAUGAGAAACAGGAUGGAAAUAAUGGUAAAGGUUUAGGAGCAGCUGAACAACAUCUUUUUGAUAUGUUGUGUAGCUCAGGAUUUGACACAAGGGAUAAAUGGGGGUCGAGGAGUUUAGAGCCUGGAAAAUGUGUCAUUUCAUCCUUAUCUUUAGUCAGAUUAAAAUCGGAGAAGGAGAAGGAAAGAGAAAGAGAAAGAGAAAGAGAGAGGGAAACAGAAAGAGAAUUACAACAAACACCCUCAGAAACACCACCGGAUUCACCAUCCAUCACACCAGUAGCAUCGAACGCCAGUGCAAGCAACGGCAAUGGCAACGAACGUUCCCGAUCACGACCAAGAUCAAGAUUGGCACAAUUGGCAAGCAGUGCGUCAAGAGCAGCAUCACGGUCACUUUCGCUGAAGAGACAAAGCAGUAGCAGCAGGCCAGAUCCAAACCAGACGAAAUUGCUUUUGUUUUGGCGUAAACCAGCAAGAAAAUGUUGGUGGUCACAUGGGUGGAUUACGAUAAAUGUUGAUAUUGCCGAUAUAAAGGAGAUGGACGAUGGCGAUGCUGCGAAGUUGAGUGUCAAAGUGCAUGUGAGAAGGGUGUGGACAUUGGAGUUGUCAAUCAUAACGUGA